GCACGUGACCUUACAGCUGAUUUCCUUGGAUGGAGUGGUUUUCGCUUGAUGUUCGUCUCUCGCUGCCUGGCUAUGACUCCGCUUGUGGGAGAUUUCAGAUCAGUCGUGGCGCACUGACACGCAGCGAUCCCGGAGACAUUAUGGCUCAGGCUGCUCAGAUGAAUGUCAUCGAGAUCAACAGCCCCAUUCGCGUUGAACACGACAGAAAACGGCGCCAGUUCAGUAUCCGUCUCAACGGGUCUUAUGACAGAGCUGUGUUGCUGUAUGAAUAUGUGGGGAAGAAGACGGUGGAUCUGCAACAUACUGAGGUUCCAGAUGCUUACCGAGGACGAGGAAUCGCCAAGCACCUGGCCAAGGCAGCGAUGGAUUUUGUGGUCGAGGAAGACCUCAGGGCUCACCUGACCUGCUGGUACAUUCAAAAGUAUGUGAAAGAAAACCCUCACCCUCACUACCUGGAGCACAUCAUCCACUGAGAGAGAUACAAACAGGAUGAAAAGACUCCUGUUGCUGACUGGGUGGAGAGGACAUUUGAGCUCCAGGGGUGGGGGGGUUUUGAAGGGAACUUGCCUUCAGUGACAGAGAUACUGUGUUUGUGAGAGAGUGAACGUUUGGAGGUGGCAAGAUAGAAAUUAUCAGCAACUGUACAGACAACGCAGCAGACGUAUCUCUGACGUUUGGAGCAUGAGAGGGUGGACAGUUGUGUGCUUUGUGAACAAGCCGGCCUGUUUUUACAGCACUAAUGACUUUGUGGUUAUGGGAUCCACAUGCCGACAUGCCAAAACAGGGUUCCAUGCAUACCAUCCACAGAGGGGGAGAAAAAAUCAAAACAGCAAUUUUUGUUCCUUCACAUGCCUUUCUACCCCAAUGCCUUGAGGUCAGCCUUUGGUUACGUUGUUGUGGUGCUCAAAACACACGUACAUGCAAAAAAAAUUAACCUUUUUGACUGUAAGAUUACACAAGUCACUGCAACAGCUAGCUAUGUAUUAUGUGAGUGUGUAUUUAGGUACCAGGUGGAAACCAGGGCCAGUAAGGAGUCGAUACUGGUGAUACAAUUCCCCAGCACCACCAUACACUAAGGAGCAGACGCUCUCAGGAUCGUGUGUAAUGUGUGUUUGCAUAACAGAAGCAUGUUGCGAGAUAUGUCAUCUCGGAGUGUGUGUACGUAAACGUGUGUUAUUCCCGUACCUACAUUUCCCCAUGGCCUUAUUAACCAAGGUGUCCUUGAAGGCCACUAAGAAACCGUGAGUAAGGUGCUCAAACUACAGCGGCACAUUCUGCCCUUCCGCUAUAACAUCCGUAGCAGCAUCCAUCAUUUUGAUGAGAAUGAAGGUCGUGCUCUCUGAAUUUUUAGAGGCUUGGUAUAGUCUGUAGUGACUGUUACAAGAUUAUGAUUCUCGCAGAUGAACGAGGCCUGAAAUUCAUCACUUUUUAUAUAUUCCAUGUACUCGAUAUUAAUAUUCAAGUUUUAAAAUAAACUAGUAGAUGUGUCGAAUCA